UGAGGUCCCUUCCAACCCUGGCCAUUCCGUGAUUCUGUAGGCUCUCCCCCAUGCCCCGCUGCACUGAGCUGUGCCUCAGUUUCCCUAUUCCUACCGAUAGCCUGUGUGGGGAUGCUCAGCACCCAGAGGUGAGAGCAUCUCUGCUCUGGGUAACCCCAACCGGUCGAUGGUGGGGGUACCCCGUUUGGUGAUGUUCCCCCUCAGUCACAGUCCUUUUAGGGCUGCCACUCCUUUGGUCAUGGUCUCCACUUGACGGUGGUCCCAUAGCCACCAGUGGGGAGUGGAUGGAAGGAUGGAGAGGAGCCGAGAUGCAGCCCCUCCCAUGGAAAUGGCUUCCGGGCGGCAGUCGAUAUAGGGCCCGCCCGGGAGGAGGAGUCUGCAGCACCGGGAAACCGAAACUGUGCGACGGGAGAGGCGGGGGAAGCCCCGGGACUGUGCCACGCUAUGGACGGCCUCGAACCCGCGGUCCCGGCGCUGGAAGACAGCUUCCAGUUCCUGCUGUGCGAGGGCUGCCAGCAGGAAUCUCCCGACCUGAAGCUGCUCACCUGCCUGCACACGCUGUGCCUGGGCUGCCUGAGAGAGAACAAACCUAUAGGGCAGUGCCCCGUGUGCCAGACACCCAUCCCGCAGCCUGAUGGCAUCCCCGAUGUGGACAACGUGCUGUUCAGCAGCCUGCAGGCCCGUCUCAGCAUCUACCAGCGUGUGGUCAGUGGGGCCGAGCUGCUGUGUGACAACUGUGGCAGCAGCAGUGAGUACUGGUGCCCAGAGUGCAAGGAAUUCCUGUGCACAAAGUGCUUCGAGACCCACCAGCGCUACGUCAAGCGGGAGAACCACGAGGCCAAGAGGGUUCAGGACAUCAGGGUGGGAUCACCGCAGGAGUUCCUCAAGGGCACCAGGAGGACCAGCAGCUUGUCCUGCCCCAUCCCGACCCACCAGAAGCAGACUCUAAGCAUCUACUGCAAGCAGUGCUGCAGAGCAGUGUGCUGCAUCUGCGCUCUGCUGGACGCCGCUCACAGCGGGCAGCACUGCGACGUCAGCACAGAGGCACGGCUGCGGCAGGACGAGCUGGCAGCGCUGGGGCAGGAGCUGGCGCAGCAGCGGAGCGGCAUCCCCGAUGUGGACAACGUGCUGUUCAGCAGCCUGCAGGCCCGCCUGCGUAUCUACAGGCGGAUCAGCAGCGGGGGGCUGAGCUGCUGCCGGUGCCGGCGGGAGGCGGCGGCCAUGUGGUGCUCAGAGUGCGAGGAGUUCCUGUGCCCGGGCUGCUUUGAGGACCAUCAGUGGUUCUUUAAGAAGAGGAGCCACGAAGCCAGGAAGGUGGAGGAGCUGAGAGCCGAGUCGGCGCAUCGCUUCCUGGAGGGCACCAAGAAAUCGUGCAGCCUCUUCUGCUCCAGCCCCAGGCACACGGAGCAGGGCCACGUCACCAGCAUCUUCUGCAGGAAGUGCGAGAAGCCGCUGUGCUGCUCCUGCGCGCUGCUGGAUGCCCAGCACUCCUCUUUCUACUGCGACAUCCGCACAGAGAUCCAGCGGCAGCAGGACGAGCUGGCAGAGCUGGGGCAGGAGCUGGCGCAGCAGCGGGGCGGCUUCGAGGCGUCGCGUGCAGCGCUGCAGGAGAAGGCGGCGCAGCUGGAGGCGGCGGGGCACGGGGUGCGGGAGCUGGUGAGGCAGCGCGUGGAGCAGCUGGUGAGGCUGAUCCGGCGCGAGGAGGAGGAGCUGCUGGCCACGGUGGGGAGGAAGCAGGAGAAGGGCCAUAAGGAGCUGGAGAAGGAGCUGUGGCGCGUGGAGGCCGUGCUGCGGAGGAUGGAGGCGGGCGAGAGGCUGGUGGAGAAGAUGGGCCUCUAUGCCACGGAGCAGGAGGUGAUGGACAUGCAGCCCUUCAUCAAGGAUGCGCUGGAGGAGCUGCGGAGGCAGCGCCCGGCGGCGGAUGGGGAGCUGGAAGUGCACGAGGACUUUGCCGAGUGCCGUGCCAGGCUGCAGGCGCUGACUGAGUGCAUCGAAGGGCUGCAAGAAGCUGCCCCUGCUCCAGCCACCACGGAAAGCUCCCACCAGGUCCCAUUGACCUCCACCCCUGUCAAGAGGAAGAAAGAUGAAAGCACCACCACGCUGCAACUUCCUUCAAAGGUGAUAAAGGUUGAGAAAGACGACAAUGAGUGGAGCACAUCAGUGGUGCCACAGGAACCAAACUGCUUGCCCCAACCCCAGACCAGCUUUUCUGCACCCACUAUGGCUGCCAGCAGGGAAGGCUGCCUGCUGAACAUCGUGCCAGACAGCAGUGAUGAGAUGCAUGACUCAGAUAGUGACCUUCUCAACUUGGGCAGCGAUGAAGAGGACAGCGUGGAUGAGGAGUUGCUGGACCCCAGUCUGCUAGACGAUAUGCUCGAGGAUGGCACUGGCAGAGACAACCCACACCUUCCCAUCUGCCUCCAGAACACACUGGAUGUGGGACAAGGAUACGUGAUCUUCUUUGACAUUAAGAUUUGGAAAAAUGAAGUCAUUCAGAUGGCAGUGGUUGAUAAAGAGAAUAUGCUCUCAGUCCUCAUUCAGCCCACGAUGAGUUUGCCCAACUCGACAGCCAGAACUAAUGGCUAUGAGCUGGGCCUGAGGGAUCUGCUUAGCCACCUCAGCACCAUCCACAGGCCCAUCCUGGCUGCCUUUAGUCUCUGGUCACUGCCCCUUCCCACCCUUCUGAAAACUCUGACGGCCAUUGGCAAGAAAGAGGAGUUCUUGUCCACAGUCUAUGGCUUCCUGGAUGUUCUACCUCUAAUAAAGGAGAAGGUCCCCGAGGAGAAAAGCUGCAAGCUGAAGAACUUGGCCGGCAACUUGCUGUGGCGGGACCUCAGCAACUGCAGCACCCUGGAGAGCGCCAGCGCCGUGAAGGACCUGUGCGAUGUCCUGGAGAUCGACCUGCAGAACAAACUCACGCAGCUCCUCAGCCCUGCCAACCUGGAGUCCUUCGUGUCCCUGCAACCCUUGCUGGACAAGAGGCUGCUCAGCCGGCCCUCGGCCCAGACGUUGGCUUCCCAUGGCAUCGGCCUCCCCGAGCUGCGUACCUGCUUCGCGUGUGACCCCGCCAGGGGUCUCGCCAAGAUGUGUGCCUUGGUCAAUGCCCACAGGCAUUCCUCUGAGAAAAAGGUCCGUCACCUCAGCAAGAUCAAGGCCUACUUCCAGCAGCAGCCACUGGCGGGUAGCAGCCAGGCCUCAUGAUGGGUUGCUGGAGGCCACAAAGACUAAGCAAGACAGAUGAACGGUAGUCCUUACUAAACGCGUUCCAUUGCCCUGCGUGGGAUGCAACCUGGGUUUGCAGUACGAAUGCCCAAAGUGAGCACACAGGAUGGUGCUCUCCAAACACAAUGCUAGCCAGGCCAUUGCUUGAUGGGGCAAUUAGCUUAAUUGCCCUUUCUGUGUAUGCAUGCAGAUGAAAUAAAUUGUUUCUCUUCUUUGUCA